CGCAGUGGUGGAAGCGCAGAAGGGACGGCGGUAGAUGGCGAGCUCCAAGGGCACUGCUUUGAACCAAGCAGUCGCACACCAAUUGCCCACAUGGGGUAGGCCCGUCGGAGAAAACACCGAGAAACUCCGGCCAAGUCAACUGCUACACGACCUCACCGCCAAAUCGUCCAAGUCGAUGCGAGCUAGUGCUCCCCACAUCACCGAGUUUAUGAAACUGGAAGACCACAGCACGCAGCUGACGACGUCAGUGCCGAUCGACCGGCCCUUAUUCGAACCCACCCCCGGCGCGAUCCUCUUUGAUGAGUACAUCCCGUUCAACACGCAUUCCGCCAAGCUGUCCCUUCGCAACAACGACUCGGUCGCGCGGCGCAUCAAGAUCCUUCCGCCAGACUCGCCGUUUUUCAAAGUCAAAAAGGGCAAUUCCCACGACAAGGACGGAAAGAUCGCGGCGGGGAUGGAAAUCUCGUUCCUCAUCGAGUUCCUUCCCCAAGAACGCAAAGAGUACGCGCACGACUUAGUCUGUUGCACGGAGCGCGAGAAGUUUGUCGUGCCGAUCCGCGCGCGCGGGACCUUUGCGGCGCUGUCGAUCCCGGACGAGAUCGAGUUUGGGUUGUGUCCGGUCAAGAUCAGGUGCUCCAAGGUCAUGACGGUGCACAACAUUGGGACGAAAGGUGCCAAGUUUGUGUUUACGACGACGCCGCCGUUCGCGAUCUUGCCGCAAACGGUAUUUCUCGACAUUGGCGCGGCGAUUCAAAUGGAGAUCGAGUUCAACCCCCAGCACACGCGGGAGCGCGAAGGCGAGCUCGAGAUCCGCGACGACAGUGGCCGCGCCUCGUACGUCAAGCUCACGGGGGACGUGACCAACCUCGAAGUGUACCUGAGCCACCCGAUGGUCGAGCCCAGCCCCGCGUACAUCUCCCUCAGUUCGAGAAAGCGCAUAAAGAUUUGCAACGGCAGCGAUUACCCCGUGGAGUUUUCAUGGAAAGCAUAUGCCGGGCAAAAGAACGAACAGAGCGAGCGCGACCGGUUACUGGGCGAGUUGCACAGGAUGGAGCUGGCGGAAAUGGACGAAUUGGCUCGAUCUGUUGGGGCGACGGACGGCGAGCCGCAAGUGGACGACACAGCCACCAACAACAACCCGACACUCGUAGAUGCCAUUGGCAUCCUCCAGCGAAAGUACAAAAACUUGCGGAAAGCCGUCGGGGACGACCCGAUGCAGUUCCUCGACGACUGCUUCCACGUCGAACCCGCGACCGGCAAGAUCUGGGCGCACUCGGAGACGGAGAUCACGGCGACGUUUAGCCCCCGGACGGCGGCUUUGUACUCGUGCACAGCGUUUCUGGACGUGUCUGGACGUGACACGCGGCUGCCGCUGCAGAUCCGGGGCCAGGGCAUCGGUCCCAAGGCGUCGAUUCUGUACGACGACCUGUUUGACUUUGGCGACGUGUUUAUCAACGACCCGCAAACCCACGACUUUAGCAUUCAAAACCGAGGCGAAAUCCCCGCCGAGUUUGAUUUGUUGGACGUGGCACUGCCGCAUGGCGUGGACAUUCAGUUUGCCCCGAGUUCAGGCGUAUUGGGGAUUAGCGACACGGCCAAGGUGUUUCUUACGUUUUGCUCGGCCGUGCUGGGCGAAAUCAGCGUCAACUUCAACUUUAAACUGAAAGGGUCGGACGAGCUGCUUCGCGUGCGGUUCCGCGCCCACGUGAUUCCGCCCAUGUUUCAGUUUGACACGGACAAGGUCGAGUUUGGCGUCGUGAGCUUUGCGUUUCUGCAGACAAAGUAUGUGACACUGUGCAACACGUCGCGCAUUGCGAUGGAGUACCAGCUGCGGAUCCCCCAAGAUGGGUUGUACAAGCACAAGGAGUUUACGCUCACGCCGUCCGAAGGCACGUUGGCGCCGUUUGGUAAACAACCCAUUUGCAUCGACUUUACCUCGGUCAACGUCAAACAGUACGAGUAUUUCCUCGUCGUGAGCGUCAAAGGCGUCGGGUCCGACUUGCUUAACGUACCCGUGACCGCGCAGUGUUUUGUGCCCGAGGUGCUCGUCACGCGAUCAGAGCUCGUGUACGGCGAGUGCUUUCUCCGGUAUGCGCACUACCAAACGCUGAGUCUGACCAACACGAGCAUGUCGUUGCCGGCCAAGUACGACUUUGUCGAGCAGGAUGACCACUCGAAAGUCGUGGCGGCUUUCAUUCCAGACGAGCUCGGCGGUGUGAUCCCGCCCAGCACGACCAAAACCAUCAACGUCGCGCUCGUGUGCGAGAAACUCGGCAGCAUCCGCCUCCCCAUGCACGUGCGCAUCGCCGGCUCCAUCGAUUUGCCCCUCGCCGUGACGCUCAGUGCCCAGGGCAAGGGUCCACUGGUCGAAAUCGACUGCGACGCCAUCGACUGGGGAAACUGCUCGUGUUUAGUCGACCACCCCAAGAGCCUCUUUGUGACCAACAAGAGCUUGAUCCCGGCGUCGUUUAAAACGUUUAUCCGGAACGCGCGCAGCAAGUUUACCGUGGACAAGAAGGACUGUGUGUUAGCGCCGCAUGAAACGGUGGAGCUGGUCGUGACGGCCAACUUGGACGACACGGUCGUGUUCAAGGAACAGCUGCACAUUCUGGUGUUGGAAGGCGCGAACAUUCUCAUUCCACUGAAUGCACGGGGUACGGGCACGACGAUGUGGGCCCCGACGAACAUGAGUUUGAUCGACUUUCAGUUCCAAAUGACGCACAAGCAGUGCGAAUGGAGCUGUACGUUGGAGAACAAGGGCAAACGCGGCCAGAUCCUCACGUGGGUCAACAAAACGGUCAAGCUGGCGCAGCUGGAGAUGCUGCAAAAGGUCAAGGCGCUGCAGAAGAUCACGACAAAAGCCAGCCAGGUCAAGACCGGCCAGUCAACCGACGACGGCCCGGUCCCGAUAUUCACCGUGUUCCCCACCACGAUUGAACUCAAGCCCCGGACUGCAUGUACGUUUUUCUUUCGCGGAUUUAGCAGCAACCCUGGCAUGAUCACCGAGGAGCUGGUGUGCGAGACGCGGAUUGGGCAGGAAAAGAACCCGAAAAUUGCGUUUUCGACGCAAAUUUGCGCGCAGUUUAUCCACCCCAAGAUGGAAACGUCGCAGCCAGGAUCGACCGGCAUGACGUUUUCGUAUGUGUACGCCCCGUCAGUGGACAUUCAAACCCAAACACAGCCGUUGGUGUUUACCAACGUGUGCGAAUUGCCCCUGAGUUUUGUGCUCAAGACCCAAGUGCCGUUUGCCGUGGAUAUGUGGGAAGCGGUGCUGCAACCGGCGGAAAGCGUCGCGCUCAACGUCGAGUUUUACCCUGGGUAUAAGGACGACCACAUCAGUCGGUCGAUCAACGGCAAACUCGUGACGUCGUACUCUGGGCAUCCGCAAAAAGACACGAUGGAGCUCAAGGGGGACAUUUGCUUUCCCAACCUCGAGUUUGAGUACUCGCGCAUCGACUUUGGCAGCAUCUUGAACGACACGCAAAAGUCGCUCAGUGUCAAAGUGACCAAUAUUUCGCAGGUCGCCACGGCGUUUCAUUGGGUGUUUAUCGAAGACGAAAAGGAAUCGCGCGCCGCGGCCACGGCCAAGCGACCGUACAUCCCGAUCAACCAAGUGUUUGACAUUUUGCCCAUUCGUGGGGUGCUACAACCCCACGAAACCGAGUCGGUCGAGUUUAUCUUUUACGGCCACGCCAACCGAAAGUUCAAAUCCAUCGUCGCGUGUGAAGUCGAAGGCGGGCCCGAGUACGAACUCACGUUGUCGGGGGAAGCGUCGUCCGUGAGCUAUCGACUGGAUCGACCGUACAUUGACUUUGGCCCGGUUGUGUACAACAAGUCGGAAGACCGCGAGUUUUGCAUCCUCAACCUUGGCAAAGUCGCGUUUAGUUUUGCGAUUAGUUUGGACAAGCUCAGUCGAUCGGGGAUUGCCGACGUGAGUCCGAUUGCUGGGCGUAUCUUUGCCAACGACAAGCAGCGCAUCUCUGUUCGGUUUCGUCCAGGGAUUCCAGCGUGCAUGGUCGAAACAUUGUGGCUCGAAGUCGCGCACUUUCAGCCGGUCGAGUUCAAACUGUACUGCCACGGCAUCUUUGCGUCGUUGUCUGCGAAUUUACCAAGGGGAACCAACCAUCCCAACUGUUCGGUGCAUGGUGUCCAGCCCAAAUGGCGCGAGUUGCUCCGCAUUGCCAAAGACAACAUUGAACAUCCAAACGUCGACGCGAUUCCGCCUGCGGUGGCGGCUGCGUGCGAAACGACCACGUUAGGGUUGACAAGACCCAACUCGAGGGCGCCGCCUCCGCUUCGGAACCCGGGUGGAGGAGGAGGGGGAGCCAACAACAACAACAAUGGCAUGGCCACGGACCGCGGCAGCACAUCGUCCCGAAUCACAGGCCGGACGACGUCGCGGUUCACAGAUCGCGUGAUCACGUCAACCGCGCGUAGCACGAUGAAACCGAUGACGUCAUCGCCUUCGAAAGACUCGUUCUUUGACCCGUUGUCGAAAAUGACCAAUUUCGACGAGUUGGACGUCGACACGGAAGCGUGUCGGGUGCUGUUUGUCCAGUACUUGCUCAAGAACGAAGAAAAGGUUAGGGCAGCAGUCAGUGAAUCCACAAUAUCUGCAACAACGCAAGCGGCGGCAGCUGUGCCCAAGGCGUUGACGGUGCCCACACUAAGUAUUGCCAAACCAAUGACAGCUGCGCCAUCAACAACAACGCUAGAGGCAAAGAAAUCCAAAAAAGUAGACAGCAACGAAGAAGGCACCGACGACGACGACACAACCGCCGCCAAACAAUCACUCACCACCACCAACAACACAGGUUUUAUCCUGAGCCAGUACAUAUUGGACUUUGGCAAUGUCGUGUCGGGAACUCACCGCGUGAAGAAAUUUCUGCUCACCAACACGGGCCAAGUCCCGACGAGUUUUCAAAUCGACAAGAAUGUGGCGCUGGCCAAGGGGUUCUCGAUCGAACCGGAGCGUGUCGUGCGACUACUGGAGAAGAAAUCGAUUGAGUUUACCGUGACAUUUCAAGCGCGAAAGAACGGCCGACACGGAACCCACGGCGCCAACAUCUUUUUAGAGGUCAAGAACGGGCCGUGUAGCCUACUCACGCUCAAAGCCAACGUGACAGUACCGGACAUAGCCAUUUCCCAAGACUCGUUGGAGUAUGGCCAAGUGGUCGUGGGAAGGUCGCUUGUGAUGCACACGCAGUUUCACAACACGAGUCCGGUGGGGGUCGAGUGGAGCUUGAAGAAACCGAUCGGAUCGUCGCGGGAUGUGGGCUACUUUCGCAUGGAGCCGCAAGGGGGGGUGCUACACCCAGGCACACGAUGCAACGUUCGCAUCGAGUUUAUCCCUUUGGAAGGCCGACUAUACCAUGUCAAAGUGCCUGUGAAGAUCAACGCGAACCCGAGGACGAGGGCCAUCAGCUGCUCAGGGGAAGGCACCGAGUUGCGUGUGAGUUUCAACCCGCCGAUGGCAGAACUGGGCCCGCUGCUGCCGUUCGGCACGCCCGUGGAGCGCCACAUCACCAUGAAAAACGAAUCCGACUAUGCCAUUGAAGUCUACUCGUUGGAUUUUGACCACCAGUACAAGGACGAAGAAGACGUGCUGCGCAACGCUUCGGGGUAUUCCGACGACGAGCUGCUCCGGUUGCCGCUUCGGUUGCCGGGCGAGCCGCUCCCUCCAGAGCUGUCGACGAGUCCGAGUGACUCGGAGGGCGGGGGGGGGGUGUCACUACCAACGACCACGAAGCGAAUGAAGCAAGAAGCGUCGGAUUUUAUCAUCCUCGGGCCUCCGUGCAGUGGCAAGUCGACGCAAGCCAAGUUGCUGGGCGAAAAGGACAACAUUCCCGUGUGGACGAUUGACCAGGUGGUGCUGGCCGCGAGUCGCGACGAGUCGGAUGUGGGCAAAGCGGUGCGUCGGGCACUCAAGCUGCCGCUUCUGCCGUGGGACCUCCCGCCUGUGGAAGUCCCGUCGCCAGAGGAUCACGUGGAUGUGCACGACAAAAAGCAAAAGAAGAAGAAAGAGGACGAACACGACGUGACGGUGGAGGUGCCGGCGCCCGUCGUCGUCGUCGAAGCCGACGUACCGUUUACGUGGGAACUGCUUCGAGACGUGCUGGAGUCUAGAUUGAGUCUGGACGACAUGAGCAACGGAAGCGUACUAGACGGAUUGGACAAUUCGUAUUUAUCUAUCGAGGACACAUACAAGGCGAUCGCAAUCGCAUUGGAAGGCGCAACUAUCUUGCUGCUCAACUUUACAGACGACAUGUACGAGAGCCAAGUGACAGAAAUGAUCAAGGCCUGUCACGAUGCCCUGCACGACUUGGACAUGCAAACUCAUACGUUGGACGGGGGGGACUCUAUGGCCGAGAGCGGCCACAACGACCCCAACAAAUUGGAGAGGAUUCUCGACCAAGAAACGCCAGUGCCGUCCCCUCCCUCCUCGUCCCCAUCACCUUCCCCCGACGACAACCACGCGGUCGCCGGCGUUGGGGGGCCGGGGGACGACGUCACACGGCUCCACGUGUUGCUGGACAAGCUGCACUUUCAAUUGGAACACAACACGUUUGAACAGUACACUCAAGCUCUACCGGCGUUUGUGGACCAAUUGAGGUUGCUCACUGCUCCGUCAACCUCGAUGUCUUUCGACCUGGAGACGACCGCACUUAGCACGUCGCGUAGCAACCUCAGUCAAGGCUCGGCAGAUGAAAUGUCCUUGCCCAUUGUCCAUCCACCUAACGACGACGUGGAGCCUCCGCAACCCGCCCCCCUUUCCACCACCGACGAAGCUGUCGUUACUUCCGACCAACCGCUCACUCGACCGAAAAAGGUCCAUCGCUUGUUGGUGCUCAACGAAGUAACGGUCACCGAAGUGGCUCCCCCCCUUGUGAUGCAUGGAGCCCUCCACGCUGCGAUUGAAAAGUUCUCACGGGAACUGCAGUCAUCGCACUUGAUGGUGCCGGCGCCGGUGUCGUACCAGCUCGUGAAAAAGCCCUACUCCCGCAGCUCGCGCAAGCCCGUGGUGCGGUUCCAAAUCGCGUCCGACCGCAUGCGGUGGAUCUUGCCGCCUCGGGGCGAGUGUUCGUUUGUGGUGCAGUUUGCCUCGAACGAAGUGGGCACGUUCGACAGCACGCUGGGUUUUGAGAUUGUGGGCGGACGGCGCGAAUUGAGUCUGUUUUGCCGAGCCCAGUGCGCCGUGCCAACGAUCAACAGCGACCCGCGCAACGUGUUUAUGAGUCGCGGGAAAGCCAAGCUGGACGGGAUGGUCCAAAAGAAGUACGUAUUGACGACAUCGCAGUACGAGUUUGGCCCGUUGCUCAUUGGUAAAACGCCAGCUUUGCGCCAUGAACCGGUGGCGUCCGAGAUGUACAAGGCCGCAAAACGCACCAACGCCGAGGUGUUUCGCAUUUCCAACCCGUGCAAGUACACAUGCCAUCUCCACUUUGCAUUUGAAAAGACGACAGAUGUGUUUUUCGUCGAGCCCACCACGUUCGAAGUUUGCGAAGGCGACACGGCCGAGGUCAUGGUGUGGGCUUUCCCAACUGCCAAGGGCGUCGUGGAGGACGCGCUAGUGUGCUGCAUAGCGGACAAUCCAGAGCCCGUCGUGUUCCCAGUCACGUGCGUCGGGUGUGUGCCGUCGCUCCAACUUACGGGUGUACCAGUAGUCGGCGACCCGCCGGACAAAGUGAUCGAUUUCGACCGGCUUUUGUUGAAUCGACGGGAGGAAAAGCAGUUUACGGUGUCCAACACGUCAGACAUCCCCGUGUCGUGGAAGCUAGCACUGACGAAUUGCCCUGGGGACUUUGAAUUUGCACCAAAGGAGGGGGUGCUCAAGUCGAAUCAGCGCGCGAUAGUAGGCGUGUCGUUCACGGCGGCAAAGGAGGGUCUGUUUAGCUUCCCCGUGGAUGUCGAGUACUCGGACGCGGAAACGGGGUUCCAUCCCCAGCACAUGGAGAAACUAUUGAUCAAAGCCGAAGCGUACAAGAUUGACGUGUGUUCGUUUGAAGGCAACGACCCGCCAGGGCAAACUACCGCUACUAGUAGUACUAGUAGUGGCGACCACCCCGCCGACAAGAUGAACGGAAUGCUCGACUUUGGGCUGCUCCGCGUGGGCGACGCCGUGACCAAGAGCUUUCAACUGCGAAAUCGCGGCAAGUACGACAUCAAAGUGCUGCUUUCGAUCAAGCGCCAUAAGGACCUGUUUCAAAUCAAACCGGUCGAGGCGAUCAUUCCCCCGGGCAAAGUCCAGUCCAUCGACGUCACGUUUCAAAGCUCGACGGAAAUCGCGUUACGGGACUGCAAAGACAUCAAGUGUGUCAUUAUGGAGCACCUUACGGGGGAAGCAGUCCACGAAUUCCCCGUCUUGUUGCACUGCCGCGCCGUAUUUAGCAAGUUCCGGCUCCAGCCGGCGCGCGGGUUAAGCUUUGGGUCGAUGCGGUUCAACGAAGACAAGAAGACCAAACGCCUGGAACUGCGCAACGACGGCGAUUUUGCCUUUAAGUUCCGUGUGCAGCCGUAUAACGAGCCGUUGAUGGCUGUGGACGGUCCUGUGGACCCCAAGCCGCUUCAAAUCGGACAGUUUACUGUCACGCCGAAUGCAGGUACAUUAGACCCAGGGCGAAUCAUGGCGCUGGACGUGGGGUUCCAACCCGUUGGAGCGUCAGUGUUUCGCGAAAUGUUUCGAUUGGAUGUGAGUGGUCGCGAUGUGUCGAACGAGGCGGAAUCGUCGGCCCUCUUGUACGAACUAAAUGGGGAAAGCUGCUACCCCGGCAUCAACACGACCGACAUGGAGAGCCUCUUUGAGGAGCAAGCGGUCGUCCGCACAUUCGGUUUAGGGGACUCGUCAACCACGUCCCACGAGUUUCGGCCGCGCAACCAGCCCAUGUUUGCCCACGUGGAAAAGUUGUUUGACUUUGGCGCGAUCGUCGUGUCGAAAAAUGUGGUUGAGCGGUACAAAAUAUCCAACCCGACCAAGGUACUGGCAUCAGUCAACUUUACAAUCCAAGGCGGCACUGGGAAAGAGGAGGAAAAGGAAAAGGUCGACGAGGAUGCAAACGCGUUCUCGGUGCAGCCCAGUGUGUGGGACAUCCCGCCCCACGAACACCGGUAUGUAAACGUGCACUUCAAACCCACCGCCAUGCGCAUGUAUCGUGCCUUGUUUACUGCGUCAGUCGUGGACGGAGCCGAUCCAGCGACCAGUCGGCUCCAGUUUGACGUGUGUGGCGAAGGCACGAUGCCAUGUGUGACGAUCGAGUCGCCGACAGUUCGAGAUCCGUUGACGGGGGUGCUGACGCUGGCUUAUGGUCGGGUUCGCGUGGGCAAGUCCAAGGAGCUCCCGCUGGUCGUUCGAAACGAUGGAAUCGUGCCGGCCACGGUGCUGUUUUCGCUGCCAAGCUCGACGUUUUCGUUUCCAGACUGCAACAACGCCGUAACGAUGGCCCCCAAGACAUCCCAGGCGUUCCAAGUAACGUUCAAACCGGUCAAAGCCCAUGACAGCGACGACAGUCCGUGCGUGGCCUCGUUGAAACUGAGCGUUCAGUACAACCCGUUCGAAGACACAGUGGUCAAGUUGACCGGCCAAGGGUACAGGGAGGUAGUGGUGUUGCAAGACCUGCAAAACGACGAAGAAGAUGCUGUGCACUUUGAAGACGUUGACGUGGACUACAUGACCGACGACAAACCCGCAGAGGAAAAGACGUUUGUCUUGGCCAACCACUCGGCCAACAUCGUGCGAUUCACGUGGCCUACCCAUCAUGUGAACAUCAAGUUUGUGCCGACGAUUGGGCAUGUGUUGGCAAAGUCUCAAAAACAAAUCCGAGUUUCGUUUUGGCCGUCUCGCGGCCAAGUGCCGUUGCACAUUCAAGACAAACUGGCGCUCCAGCUGCAAAAGAUCAAGCGAAGUUGUACUACUGACACGAGUGACUGGGACGACAGCAUGACAGUUGCAUCAAAUGACCAAGUAUCGAGCACGGCCGAGCCCGCGUUUGAAGUCGACGGGUUGCUAAACCCGUUGACGCUGCACGUGUUUGCCGUGGCCGACCGCGCCCAGUACUCGUGCGACGUGGACUCAAUCCAGUUCAAAAAGACCUUCAUGUUUCAAGCAUGCACGUACAAGUUUACGCUGAAAAACCCAAGCAAGAUACGAGUCGGGUACUCGUGGAGCUGGCUGUCGCUCGACAGCAGCAGCAACGACAUGAAUGGGCCGUUUACGAUCGCGCCGGACGCUGGGGAAAUCGCAGGUGGCGACAGCCAAGAGUUUGUCGUAAGGUUUGCACCCGUCGAAGUGCACGAGUUCCAGUACAAACUCACGGGCCACAUGAAGAACGGGCAUGACCAUGUGAUAGACGUCCACGGGAGUUCGUUGCGUCCGGUGUGUCAUGUCGACCUUGAACCAAGCGACUAUUGCGCGCGCCGGGCUCUUCAUUUGGUCGGCCCGACCGGCGAGUUGGGGCCACUGGAUCCAUCUGUCCGCGUCGUGGAAAUGGAGUCACUUGGAGUCCGCGUGCGCAACACCAAGCGUUUUUACGUGAUUAACCCCACCAACAUCUCGUACGAGUUUGUGUGGGUGUCAGAAGGCAACGUGAACCCGUGCUUUCGGUGCGCGACGCCCAAGGGGCUCAUGCUGGCCGGCAAGCGGUGCGAAAUGGUGUUUGAAUUCACGCCGCAGCAGAUGGACCUCCAAGAGAUGUUUUGGCGGCUCAAAAUUGCCCAGUUCCAACUGGACCAGCUGUUUCUGUUUGUCGGCACCACGUCCGAGCCGCGCGUGCUGUUUGAUCGCGGUGGCGUCAACUUUACCACGCUCUUGUUGGGGUCCAAAGCGGUGCAGAGCGUGUACUUGGUCAACGACGAGCACUUGCCGUUCAAUUUCGCCUUUGACAAGGGACUCGGGUUUCUCGGUGACAAGCCCGUGGUCAGCUUGACGCCGUUGAGUGGGGUCGUGCCGCCCCAUAGCCGGUGCGCCAUCGAGAUCGAGUUUGCCCCCGUGGAAGAAAAACUGUACAAUUUCAACUUGAAUUGCCAUAUCAAGCGAAAACCCACGCGGUUGAGCCUGAACAUCAAGGGGGAGGGGUACGCGAUUCACGAUGUUGUGGUACUGCAGGAAGACGAACGCGCAUUGAGCCACAACGUGAUGGAGCCCAACACGGUGCACCGCGUGGACUUUGGCAUUGUCCGCGUCAACGAAACGCUGCGCAAAUCGGUGGUCAUUUCCAACACGGGGAAAUUCAACUUUGAAUUCAACCUCCACUGGUCAUUUCCGUCGGGGUCGCACCCGAUGGUAACCGUUGACCCGAUGCAUGGCACGGUGCGCAAGAACGACAAGGUCACGUGUCAUCUUACGUUUGCCCCGACAUUGGAAACGUCGUUGGACGCGUUUCAGCUCGUGUGCACCACCGCCGGGUCGAGGGAGUACACGCUCAAGCUGCACGGGCGGUCGGUGCCUCCGGCGGUCGAGUUUUCGUUCGUAUCGCACGACUUUGGGGCGUGUUUCAUUGCCGAACCGGACGCAAAGGUGCCGAUUGUCGAGACUGUUGUAUUGCGCAUUGCCAACCAAGACGCCGAAAUGGACAUCAGCCUCGACUGUGCGUUCGAGAAGCGGUCGCAUUUGCGGGUGCAGGUGCAGCCGACGGUGCUGGGUCCCCACGAAGCGUUGGAUGUGCCUAUUACGUUUAUCGCGCGGACAGAAGGCUAUAUCGACGAAGUGAUUCCGUUCACAAUCAACGGCACAACCGUGAUCAACGUGACCAUCAAAGGCGAGGGGAUUUUCCCCAAGAUUGAACUGGUCGGGAACGUCCAGCAACUGGUCAAUUUUGGAACCCUUCAGAUCGGCCAGUCCCAGUCGCGGUUUGUCAAGCUGCUCAACCGGGCCAAGCGAAAGACAACGGUCGAGUUGAUUUCGCCACCGAAUAUGGACAUCAGCCUCUUUCCACAACACGAGAUUGUCCUAAAACCGAGGGAAACCGUCGAUGUGGAGCUUCGGUUUGCGCCGUCCCGGCGAAUUCCAGCGUUCCAAGAGGAACUUGCCAUGGAAGUGGCAGGCACACGCAAAAAGUUGGUCGUCCUAACCGGGUGGGGCCAAGGCAUGGACGUGCAACUCGAUACCGAAACGCUCGGGUUUGGGUCAGUGGUGUUUGGGUCGCAACUGAUUCGAAAGGUGUUGCUGCAGAACCGCGGCGACCUCGUGGCCAAGUUUGCAUGGGAUGUCAAGCGCUUGGGCGCCGACUUUACGAUCGUGCCCGUGGACGGCGUCGUGUUGCCCAACCAAGACAAGCAGUUUGACAUUACGUUUCGCCCACAUAAAAUCGACGACGACAUUCGCCACGACAAAAUUCCGUGUGCUAUCGAAGGCGGCGGCUUUGCAUCGCUCACGCUGACGGGGUCGUGUGUGGCCAUGGUCGAGUCGGCCAUGAAAGAGCUCGUGUUUGAGUCCAAAGUCCGAAAAGACUCGACCAAGGACAUUGUGAUUGAGAACAAGACCAGUCUUCCGUGGAACUUGCUGCCCGUGGUAACGGGCGAUCACUGGCGUUGUGCCGAAAACCUCGCGGUACCUGCGGGAGGCAAGGCGACCCUGCCGGUCGUCUAUUGUCCUCUGAGCAUGACGCAGCUUGCGACGGACACGAGAGAACGCCCCAAGCGGCACACUGGCACUAUCUUCUUUGCCGUGCCAGAUGGAUCCGCCAUCAACUACAACUUGGUGGGCACGGCGUCUGAACCCGAAGCCCUGGACACAAUCAAUGUCAAGACGCAGGCCAAAACGUCGCUUGCUAUGAAGCUGCCCAUCAAGAAUUGGCUGAAAUGUGCCCAGGUGUUUCACGUGCGCAUUGAAAACGCCCACAAGUCGACGUUUGUCCAAGGCGCCGACACGAUCACGGUGCCCCCCAACGCCCAACGCGACUACGGGCUCAAAGUAUACGCGUACAUUGAAGGCGCCAACGACUUUAAAGUCACGUUCACCAACACGGACACGGGCGAGUUCCUGUUUUACCUCGUGCAUGUGGACGUGGCCGCACCUGGUGUGAUCGACACGUUUGUGUUUCACGCGCCAGUGCGGCAAAGCGUCAAGAAAGUCAUCACGAUCGAAAACCCGUUCCCGGACUCGACGCCGAUUCCUUUCGACGACAGCGUCAAGUGGUGGCGAUGCUCGUCGCCAUGCGUCCGCGUCCGCCGACUUGGAGAACUCACCGGUCGCACGGAAGGGUCGUUUGAAGUUGAAUACCGGCCGUUGCUGCAUGUGGGGGACGUUCCUAGCGACGUGGACUUGUCCAUCUCGUGUCCGCAAUUGGGCGAGUACAACUACAAGCUGCAGCUGACCACGUCGCCCGCCGGCAUUGAGCGCAUUUUGUACUUUAACGUGCCGCUCGGGGGCUGUCAAACGCAGUCGUUCCGGUUCCAAACGUUUGUGGCCAAGCCGUGCGAGUUCAAAUGUGCGGUGCAGCAGCCCACGUUUUUCAACGUAAGCCCGUCGGUCAAGGUGGACGCAUCCGACUGGGACGGCGCCGAGUGCACCGUUUCGAUCAAGUUUGAGCCCGAGGCGCUGGGCGAAAUCCGCGACACGCUCGUGCUCGUGUCCGACGUCGGAGGCGAGUACAAGUGCACUUUGCAAGGCCACAGCGUGCCCCCCCUGCCCCAAGGCCCGUUUGUGUUUACCGCGACCAAGGAAAUCGAGUUCAAAAAUGUGUUUACUACCGCGAGGGAGUUUGUGUUUACGGUGGACAACCCCGCGGCGUUCAGUGUUAACACGAGGCAAGCUACGAUUGGCCCAAAAUCAGUGAAGUCGGUUGUCGUCAAAGUCGAAGACACGACGAAACCUGUGGUGGGCAAACUGCUCGUCACGUGUCCGGCGCUGGUGGACUUGCCGCCGUGGGUGUACUACCUCGAAGCCGAAACCAGCGACAGCAAAAAGUAGAAGAAACAACACGUUGUAAAUUAUAUGCUAGUCAUGAAUGCUAACUAGUUCGAUACUCGUAGUACUAACUACUACAGUACGUAGUAUAUUUGGUAUAUUAGUACUACACUGUAACUAUUAAUAUAUCGUAUUCCAGUAGUGCUGUAUACUACUGGAGUAUAGUACUUCGA